GAAGGGGAAGUUGAAGUCGGGACGGAAAGAGAGGAGGAAGUCGGGAUGGGGAGAGGGGGUCAGAGAGUCGGGAUGGGGAGGGGGGAGUCGGGAUGCGGGAUCGACGCAAGAGAGGGUCGGAGGGUCGGGAUGGGGAGGGGGAAGUCGGGAUGCGGGGGGGAGUAGGGGUCGGAGAGUCGGAAUGCGGAGGGGGAAGUCGGGAUGCGGGAUGGGCGCAACCCGAAGACCGACGACGUCGGGAUAGCGGAGGGGGAAGUCGGGAUCGAGAAGUUGUCGGGAUGGGGAAGUCGGGAUGCGAGGGGGAGUCUGGAUUCCGGUCGGAAGACGGACGACGCUGGGAUAGGGGAAGGGGAAGUCGGGAUGGAAAGAGAGGACGAAGUCGGGAUGGGGAGAGGGGGUCGGAGAGUCGGGAUGGGGAGGGGGAAGUCGGGAUGCGGGAUGGACGCAAGAGAGGGUCGGAGGGUCGGGAUGGGGAGGGGGAAGUCGGGAUGCGUGAGAGAGUCUGGAUUCGGGAUGGGGAGGAGGGGUCGGAGAAUCGGAAUGGGGAGGGGGAAGUUGGGAUGCAGGAUGGGCGCAGCCCGGAGACCGAUGACGUCGCGAUAGUGGAAGGGGAAGUCGGGAUCGAGAAGUUGUUGGGAUGGGGGCGACAAGGGCAAAGGGGGCAACGGAGUCGGGAUGGGGAGGGACAGGUCCGGAGGUCGGGAUAGCGAGGGGAGGAGGUCCGGAUGGGGAGAGCGGAUCGGGGGGUCGGGAUGGGGAGGGGGAAGUGGGGAUGCGGGAUGGGCGCAACCCGAAGACC